AUGUCGAUCCUACCUACCAACAACCUGGACAACUCAACCAACCCUGCCAACGUUAAGCAACUAGGCAUCUUCUGCACACCCUGCAGCAACUACAAGACCUCCGACGCCUUCCCCCGCCAUGUCAAGCCCGCUUGCCACCAUCUCAAAAAGCGUGGCUUCAUCUGCGUUUACGCCGAGUUCGCCUACCACAAAGCAGUAGAGGCGUACGAACUCCUCUCAGAACGCCACACUAUCGCUGGGGACCCUGCAUUUGCAGCUGCCCUAGCCAAGGUCAACCUGUGGCUGGACAUCAUGUUGGAGCAAAGACCUGAGGUCCAACACUAUCGGGUGGAGGAGAAUAUAGCUUAG